AUGAACAUGAUUGAUUUGAUUUACGUUAAAUACUCUCCUAAAUACCAUUUCCGACCUCCGUCUGUCCAAGCCGAAAGCUGCUGUGACCACCCCUCCACGAGAAUAUCCUAUUCCGGUGCAACAAUUUCAUCGCCAUUGAAGAGCAGAAGCCCUGCAAUCUUGGACAAACCCAACAAACCUCCGCUCGAGACGUGA